GAGAAAAGCGUUGCUUGGCUUUCCAAUUUCUGUUUCUUGCUCUCCUCUUCCGGCGAACUCCGGCAAACUCCGGCUAUCAAUUGCCCGGCUCCAGCGAUCGGAAGCGAUGUAUAAGGGCCGGCUGCAAGAACUCUGCCAGCAGAGACAAUUGAGUUUGCCGGAGUACACCACGACCAGGGACGGCCCCGAUCACUGCCCUCGCUUCCGGGCUACGGUCACCGUGGAUGACCUCUCCUUCGAUUCGUUGGGACCUUCCAUGAAUGCGAAGGAGGCUCAAAAUCGCGUAGCCGAGCUCGCGUUCAAGCAUUUAAGUGCUAUCACCCCUGCGCCGCCCUUGAUGGAGCAGAUUGAAUAUAAAAUUCCAUACAAGUCCGAGCUUCUAAGAUUAGUGCAAACCAAAAAGCUGGAUCCACCAACGUACGAUUCCAUUCGGGAGGGUCCACCUCAUGCUCUCCAGUUUAAGGCAAUUGUUACUGUUGAUGGGCAAAAGUUUGUCAGUCCACAAUUUUUUGGCACUCUAAAAGAAGCAGAACAUUCUGCUGCAAAAAUUGCAAUUCAGUCUUGGUCCUCGGGAGAAAAUAAAGUUGAAGAUCCUGGAUUUUAUAAGAAUCUUUUGCAAGAAUUAGCACAGAAAGAAAGAUUCUCUAUGCCUAAAUACAUAACCAUCAGUGAUGGUGCUUCUCAUAUACCAACUUUCUCUUCUAAAGUCGAGAUAAAAGGUGAGACUUUUAGUGGAGAAUCUGCGACUACCAAAAAGCAGGCAGAGAUGAAUGCUGCGAAGGUUGCUUGGUGUGAACUCAAAGAAGGUAGGGUGUCUGGGCCACGUCCCUCGGGCUUUGAAAUUCCAGAAGCAUCUUUUGCAUCUUUGGGCUCCACAGUGGAAAUCAUGGAUGUGCAGCUCUCAGGAUCCUCAGAUUCAAAAUCAUUGAGUGAUGCCAACGCAGUGAUUGGAGACAUUGCAGCUGAUCCAGAUAUUGGUCAAGAGGAUGAUUCUUGGAAUAUUGUUGAAUGCAAUCACAAUUCGACCACUAUUGGUUCAACCUGGACUGUACCUGUUGUCAUAGUUGAUGCAGAAACCUUUCUGACUGAUAAAAUUACAGAAAACAAUAGUCAAACAAAAUAUAGUUGAUCGGAAACCUUUCUGACUGAUAGCAUCACAGAAAACAAUAGUCAAACAAAUAUACUUGAUGUGGAAACCUUUCUGACUGAUAACAUUACAGAAAACAAUAGUCAAACAAAUAUAGUUGAUGUGGAAACCUUUCUGACUGAUAAAAUUACAGAAAACAAUAGUCAAGCAAAUAUAUCUCUCCCUGACUCAAAGUCCAAAGCCAUGACCGACAAAGAGGCUGUUCAAAAUUCUGAAUCUGAAGAUCAGACUUUGCCAUGUCCCUCACAGUCAGAUUUCUCCAAUCACGGUGUUGUAUCUGCGUCAGCUCCAAGUUCUGAAGCCCCUCUUUUUAGUGGCACUUGCUCCCUUCUGUCUGGUAGAGUGCGGGUAUACUCCCGUAAACCUGACAUGCUCCUGCCGGAGGGUGCCGUUAUGCUUCCUUUUAGUGAUGAUGCAUGGGUCGCUGUCAGCUUGGACAUUUCAGGACAAGGCUGGAUUCAGUACUGGAUUUCUGCAUAUGAUAUUUUUGUUUUAGUAAUUUGUGUUUGGGUUCCUGAAGCUGUUUGGUUUAUCAUGUUGGCUUGCUACUUUGACACUACACAAAUGUAG